UUUAUGCGAGUAAAAUGAAAAACAAAUGUCUGAAAGUUUAGCUAAAGAUUUAGCUAAUGUUUUGGAAGUGACAUUUAACCAUGCAAGUGUUCACAUUAACGUGUUGUUAAUAAUUAACUUUCUCUUUCUCACUCUCUUCUCUCUCACAGGUGGUGACCUCCUGUUGGCCGGACACACUCACCGGGACACAAGGGUCAACUGUAGGACUCAUCAAGGGUGAACUGUUCAGAGAAUCUCUCAGAGACAAGGAGGGAGUCAGCCAUCGCUGGUCCUGUGCUACUAUUAUAAAGGGCUGUGUUACUCAGACUGGAGAAAUGUGACGGCCUCGCCGGCCUCACUGAUCUAGACCUCUGGGCUGCUACUGUUGAACGACGGCUGAUGCCCCAGCUGGAUCUUCCGUCGUCGCCAUUUUCCACGACUAUCAUUAGUGGCUAAUGAGCUACUUCUAGAGAGGAAACAGAGAAGGUGCCUGUGGAGAGAGGAGGAACCUUACGGCUGUUAUUAAGAGGCCCAGAGAUUUGACAAGGAAUUAUUUGUCUCUGCCUGAGAGUGGAAACCUUUAAAGCUUUUUUCCCGGAUGCAUUCAUGAAAGAACACUGACUCCUUUCAAGUUUUGAAUGUCAGUCUUUUUCUUUUGUUUUUUCUUUUUCUUUUACAUCUUGAAAAGCAGCGUUUGAUUCCUAUUUCCUGCAAGAUGCCUCAUCAUUUGGACAUAAACGUUUUUUCUCUCUCAAGACAUUUUGUAAACUAUUAUCACCUAUUAAGCUUUUUCUGGUAAAUUAAUAUUGUUUUGUUUCACUCGUUGAAUUUAUUCUGACCUUCCUAUGACCUGAAGAACGUUGCUCGCCAUGGCAGCAGCGUAUCGUGUAGUGGUCAGCAGCGUGAGCUGCUACAACAGUGUGGUAGUGGACCGGCGCACUCACUCUCACGCUGUGCACUACUGUUCAGGGCCAUGCGGGGCGCUAACCCAGGGCCUGGACUGUACUGUGGCUCAUCGCGGCACCUGCUCCGAGCUGCUUGUAGCCCCGGAUAUUGUUUACACCGAGACAAACAACUCACCGAUACAAACUCACAACAUAAUUACUCAACAACUUUCCAACCAUGGUAAAAUUGGUAUUACCACCGAUACCAGUUAUAGUGGUGGUUUAGAGAGGGCGGGCAGCAGUGGCAAUUUGUCUGUAGGAGAGGACAGCCCAACAUGGCGGGGUAAAAAGACCUUGGUCUGUGGAGGAUCGACUGGUAAUCUAAGCUCGUCAGGCAGUUUGAAGGAUAUCACUGAGGAAGCCAUCAAUCUAGCCAGUGGUAAACUCAAAGAGUUCUCCUUCGACAAGCUACGCCUCUCCUCUUCCAGUCACGUCACUUUCCGCAAAGGUCGAAAGGUCCGCCCUGACUCCUUCAGCCGACGCUCCACUGACCUGGAGAUCAUCUACGGCCAUUUCAGCUCCAACAUCACCACUAAUGGUAUGACUAAUGGCAUGGCCAAUGGCACGACUACAUCUAAUGAUGAGAAUAUACAGCCGUACGUGCUGGGGAAAGGGGCGGCACUGGAGGAGACGAAGCUGAAGAGCACAUCAAGCAUCCUGUCAGCCAACACCAAAUCAAGUGGAGGUUCAAUCGGCAGUUUAACAGGUAUUGGGUCAUUAGACCAAAGUCUGAACACGGUGGCCGCCCUGUACCGUAACACCCUUGGAGAGGAGAACUUGAUUGCUCGUCUGCUUGAGAAAACAAGGUUAGAGGCAGGUAGUGGAGGAGCAGGAGGUGAAGAUAUCCGAGCCUGUCUUGAUAUCCUUCUUAAAUGUUCGGAAGACCUUAAGAAAUGCACUGACAUCAUCAAGCAGUGCAUCAAACGUAAGGCUGGUGGAGGGUCGGGGGAGGGAGCAGCCAGUCCUGACAGCAUGUACCGGGCGGUCAUGACCCGACUUAGUACAUAUCUAAAAAGACUUCCACUGGAGCUGGAAGGUAUCGGGGGUUUGGGAGUCACUGGACCUGGGAGUGGCCAUAAUGAUUUGGCUGAGCUGGUCAGCACCCUCCACUCCAUCCAACAGGGCCCUUACUCACCAAUAUUUGGUAAUGAGCAACCUCCUCGCUAUGAGGACGUGGUGCAGUCGCCUCCCAUGCCAAACACCGUUUCUCAUUCUGCAUCGACCUCUUUGAAAUCGGACUCCAUCCAUGCCAAAUCUGUCCAUACCUCUCCAUCCAGAACCAGUUCUCUUACAAAUGGACUACAGCAUUCUUAUUCUUCUUCAGGCACACAGCACACACUCUCUCCUCCUUCUGUCACUGGUUCUUCAUCCAGCUCCUCACCAACGCAUUCUUCAUCCCCUCUCCGAACCUCUCCGACUCCUCCAUACAUGCACACUCCUCCGGCAUCCCCCAUGGAAGCUCUUUACAUUGAAGAGGAGGAAAGUGAUGUGGGCAAGAUACAGGAGCAAGUCCCGCAGCAGACAGUUACUCCCCGAGGGUUUAACACAACCCAGAACAAACAAGGGACUGUGUCAGGUCAGAACUUCAAUCAAUCCCAACCAUACACACUCCAAACUUCAUUAGAUAAGUUACCCACAAGUGCUGGCUUCAACUCCUUUCCCUCACUUCCUGUCUCAGCACCUAAAUCAGGGUCACACAGAAAUGACGAUAUAGACAAGCUGCUAAUGGACUUGGAGAAUUUGUCUCAGAGCAUGAGCCGCCCAAGAGGCGCUGAGCCACCACUGCCAGCCAAGACCAGAAAAAGGGAAGGGGCACAGGUGAUGUCCACUCAACAGAAAAUGUCCCAAUUCCAAAUCCAGAACCCCACCAGCCACCUGGUCAUGAACGGGCCCAGCUAUGGACCUCCUCCAAGGACUCCUCCCCAAGGACAGAACAGUGAAACUGGAGUGGGGGAGGAGGAAGAUGGAGCUCUGCUGCUCAGGAUCCUGGAGAGCAUUGAAAGUUUUGCCCAGGAGCUGGUGGAUUCUGGGCCAGGAAGCACAGGUAGUGCAGAGAGGAAAUGUGGGAAGGAGCGUGAGGUAAUGAGGCUGCUGCAAGACACGCUGGCCACCACCGGCAGAGCAGAUACUCCUCCAGCUGCUGCACCGACUUUUUCUACAGCAGCCCCAGCCAUACCUCCAAAACAGUGUCUUGCAAAUACACGUGCAGUUUCACCUGUACCUACGACAUAUGAAACUGUGACAAAUUCUACAUCCGAACUUGUGCCCAAACCUUCACCUGAAGUGUCCCCCAAACCUCUGCCAACACCUAUGUCAGCACCAACAGAAACCAUAGAGGCAGUUGAGGUCUCUACAGCUGCCAUCCAAGAACUGACAGUAUCAGAACCUGCAAGUGGACGUUCUUCUACUCAUUCAGUUGACCAUACGCCUGCGGGCGUGGUUCCUGUUGCCAUCCCUGCUGCAGAAGAUGCAACAGAUGCCGCCAUUACUGUUGAGGACUCUGCAGCCGUCAGAGACACUGGUUCGACGCUACUCAUCCAGCAGACUCCAGAGGUGAUCCGAGUAAGUGAACCACACACAGAAUAAAUGUAUAAUUGUAGUAAGGAAAAUGCUAUGCCAUGUGCAUCUAUGGCAUGUAAUACCUGUGCCAGAAGAUGUCAAAGUGGGAGAAAGGUUUGGUACAGGAUGUAAAUGAUAAGGUAAGAUGUAUGAUUCAUAUAACAGGCCUAAGGUACUAGUAGUGUUACAUCACAGAUCACCAUGAUGUUUGUAGGUAUGUUAUCGAGAGUGACAGUUCAGAGCAGGUUGAAAUGUCUGGAAAGAAGGAGGUCUGCGACAAGAGACGGUAGUGAAGGUGGUAUUAGAUGCCUUUAAGGUGCAGACAGCGUGAAGUGUUCUUAGUGUUUCACAGCUAAGUGAAAGCUAUGGUUUGAUGCUAUAAUGCAUUCCUUUGAGACAAAUGUACAAGCUGAACGAGUGACGUGAAGGUGACAGAGUUGGACAAGCUGAGAUUUCCUUUGGGAGUGAAGGCGUAAAAGAAGCAACUUUGUUUAUAUAGAACUGUAAUUUCCCAUAUCUGUCUGUCUAUAAGGAAGCUUGUCCUUAACAUUGAACUUAUUGAUAAAACAUUAACAGUGGCUGACACCCUGCCGUGCCCAGACACAGGGAGAGUUUUUUUGGUUGCUCCACACUCCAAAAUCAGGCCAAACCAACUACCCUCAUAUCAAAAGCUUAAUCCUUUUACCGCAAAGCCUUGGCCUGCCAGGAAACCAGGAUGGAGAGAAUUUAAAAGUAGGUCAGAGGGAGAGCUGCGUUUUAGCUGACUGGUGACAAAAAGGUAACGGUAUGAUAGUUUUGACUGCGUUAGGAGAUACAGUGAAGACGACCACGAGGACAGGGCCGAAGAUUUAACGAUGGAGUAGAAGAGGAUGAGAAGAUGGUCGCUGUGACUGUGCAGUGGAGACGGCUGAUGGACAACGUCUGAAGUGUUCCAUGAAAGUAAACAGCUUCCUCCCCUCGAUGGAUAUCAGUGGAAACGGAGGACAAUCAUCUGCUGCACAGCUGUGCUUAUAAAUCCAAUUGACUGUAGCUGAUAGAAUUCUGCAGAUGUUCAAUCUUACGUUUGAAAGUUGGUUGGCUGCUCUUGGCUGCUCAAAGCUGUAACAGUUGGAUUUAGUUCUUGUGAGCAGAGCCAUUAGACAGUCUGAGAAAGGCUGAUUGAGGAACAGCAUUAGAAUAACAAUGACAGACUGGGCUGCCUCCGCUGUGUUCCAUAUAAAGUGCUUGAGCAAUGAUUUUAUUUUCAGGCUUUGACACAACAGGGUUGGUGCAGCUGCGACUGAUGGGCGCUGAUGAAUAGUAUUAAUUAAGUACAAUGAACACAAAGAGAGGCUGGUGCCCUGAAUCAUGGAAAAGAACACACCAGUGUGUAAGGAGUGGCUCUUUGUUGACACAUUCUGGCUUCCAACUUGUGUUUUUGUAUAGUAGGUGUGUAUGUGUGUGUGUGUGUGUGUUGCUGUAUAUGUAGUGUAUCGUGUGUGCGUUAGAUUCCAUUUCUCUCUGGGGAUUAUUUGAAGGUAAUUUAAGGGUUGUGCUAAAAAGGGAUAGACCUAUCUUGAGUGUGUGUGUGUGUGUGUGUGUGUAUAGGUAUGUGACUGUGCGUUACAUAAACUCAGAAAGGAGGUGUUUCCCCUCCUUUGUCUUUGAUCUGUGUGUGUGUGCAGCAACACACUGUGGAUUUAGGCGGUGAAGCGUGACAAACACUGGCAGGAUUAUCAAACUGGAACUGUUGCCAGUUUCCCUUUUCCUGUCUCACUUUCUUUGAUAUUCUUGAUAAACUUGCUGUUUAUUCCAGCUGGUUCUAUAUUAGGUCUGGCACUUUUUCCUUAUCAAACAAGGCUGUAUUUUCUGUUAGGCAGAGCAGCAAAAGUUCUAAUUGGAGGAUAAUUAUCUUGGAACUAGUGAGCAGGUGAUCUGUCUCAGCCUGAGAGCCUUGUCUUGACCAGUGACUGUGUUUUGGAGUUAGAGAAAAAGCUCAACAGAACAAACAAACGUAUUAUGAAGUGGCUUUGAAAUAUGAUUUUGGUUUUCAAAGUUUUAGGCAAAGUCAUAGUAGUUCAGUGAAAUGUAUCUAUUCUGAGUAUGAGAAAAACAAUUAACAAAACUGAAGGUUUAUGGUGUUUUGCUGUUGGCAAGCAAAAAACCCCCUGUGAUACCCUGAUGCCAUACCGCUUGUUUCCUUGUUGCUGUAACACAGUCCCACCAAUAGAUUGUAGGGUCGUUCUCUCCUGUCAUUAAAAUGUAACACGUUGUUGUUGUUUUUUAUAGCUGGCCUUUUUGGUGACUUUGUUUAUAUUUCUGCUCUUACUUCCUCCACACACAUCACUGCUGCAGGUUGUGCGUCUGUGUGUGUGUGUAUUUACUGAGCUGUGUAACCUUAUGCCCUGCUGAUAUGUAGGCCACCUAUUUAUGAGGUUACCAUGGCAGCUGCCAUAGACUGAACAGAACAGCCAGCACCCAAACACAUUAUUACGCAAUCUCUCCUCCUGGUCUAUUUUUUGAGGCUUUAUUCUCCCCGUCCUGAAUGUGUUUGUCGUCUCUGGCCAUUGUUUUGGGCUAUAUGGGAAAAAGGGGUUUUGUUUUUGGCUCCUUUUGUUCUUCUGUCACCUGUGGUUAAGGAGGCGGCUCGCUGUGACCAACACUUCUCUUCCUGCCUCCUGAUUGGCUGCUGUGUUAUUUUGGGAGCCUGGGAUAACAGCUGUUGCUGUGUGGAUGGCAGAGCAACCCGAGGAGAGGUGAUGAUUGGAGCACAGGAGGAGGAUGGUUGGAGGGCGGGACGAGGUGUGGUAGGAGUUGGACCUGCAGCGACGGCAGUGGUGGCGAGAAUGUCUGUUGGCACGCCGAGUGUUAAUGGUGUCGUUACCCUGCUGCCUCCAUUUCUUGGCAGCGGGAGGUGUGAGAGGGUCCUAAAUAUGUCCACCCCUCUGUACUAUGGCAUCCUGCUAACAGACGCACUGUCGCCACAGUGUAAAUGGACCUGCAUGUGUGUGUGUGUCUGUGUGUGUUGUCAUGUCAGUGCACAUGCAUGUUGCCGUACUUGGAUUUUAGAUGCAUAGAACUGCAUUUGCAAGUAUGUUCAUGUAUAUCUACGGAAAAGUCGCCAAACAGGGUGUGUGUUGAUCAGAACCCGUGUGUGUGUGUGUGUGUGCGUGUGUGUGUGUUUGUUUCCUGGCCUCAGGGUAAGUUGACCCAGUGCUACUGUGGGUCACAGCUGAGUUUGGGAAUAGCUCUCUGACACCCAAUACCAACUCUAGCACUCUGGGAAUUAUGCUAAUAUCCCUCAGAGCCAACCACGCCCUCCGCCCCCCAUGUCUUAGCUGCACAUUAAACUGCCAAUCAAACUGUAAACAAGGCAGGUCGCCUCACACACAAGUGAGAAAAUGCCCUUGCGCUGACACACAGCUACUUUCACACCUCACCUCUGAGAUUUGUAUCCGUGUUUUGCUCAAGGCGGAAUUCGUUUGAUGGUAAAACUGGCAUCAGUAUUUAACUGUGUGUGUGUGUCAGCUCUUUGUAAGGACCACGGUCAACAGUGAAAUUUAAAAUAAUGUACUUUCAAGUCACUUGUUUAAUUCCAUAGUACUCUACAGUAGUGUAGUAUAGCUUUCUUUUGGAAAAAUCUGGUGAGAAAACUGGUCGCCUCGUUCAUGGAUACAGUGAAAUACAGUGAAAUAGGUCACAAAUAUCCACGUUUAGCCAAAUGCUAUGAGAAUCACCCCACAAAUAAAUACAAUUUUCAACAAUUCUUUGUAGUUCUACUACAUUUGUAGUAUUGUAUUGUAACCUUGGGAGGAAAAUCCCCUUUAAAGUAAUCCCUAACCUGCAGUGCACACAUGUUGAUUGUUGAUCCUGCUCCUGAUAAACAAUCUUUCUGCACCUGCCAAACGCAGACCCAUGAAUCAGCAUGGGGAGCAGGCAGACGGCUGAAAUAAAUCAGAAUAAGAGUGAUGCUGAGAGGAGCGUGGACUAAAACCAGUUUUCAGGUCAACAGCCUCCCACACCGACUCUCUCCGUCUUUCUCUUCACCUCCCUGAGUUUUUGGGUAAUACGAGAGCCGACAUGUGAGACGUUGUUCACCCUCAACCUAAAUGUGACCUGAAUGUUUUUGUUUCUGAGCAGUGACAUGAUUUACAGACACCGGUUCCAUCCAGUUCUGCCGCUGUGAUGGCUUAAUCAACCGGCCGCUGAUGUCAGGCGGUGCACAGGUUACUAUAACAUUCGUCUGCUGCAUUUUUAUUGGGUGUUAGGUUUCCCUCAGGAAAUUGCAAAGGUUAAAACGCCUGUUAACUUUGUGCCUAACAUGCUCUUGACUGUAACUGCUUACAAAUAGGAAAUACAAUCUAAACUCUAGCCCCAUGGCAGAAUGUGGCACGUGGGCAGAUUUCUAUCAUCAUUUUAUUCAGUCAAAUUUAAAGCACUUUCUUUUACUACAGUAAGACUCACAAAGAUUAGCCUAAACUAGUUUUGCUAUUUCUGUUUCACUCUCAGGCAUAUUCAACAUCAGGCAACUUUUUGGUACUUUUUUCUAGAAUGAUGAAGAAUGAAUGUUAAAUACUGUAAGCUCCUUCCGGGCUGACUUUUUUCUUUUUUGUGUUUUUCUGCUAAUCAUUUUGCUGUUUCUAGCUAAAUGGUCACUACAUGUAACAGUUAGUCUGAGACUCUACUGUUACUUAACUGAUCUGGAAGCUAUUAUUUACAAUGCAACAGGUAGAGGUAUAGCAGUGACUUUCAUCAAUUCCUGCAAGUAUAUCAGCAUUGUGUUCAACGAAACAUGCAGGGGUUUGACACUGAGUAAAAUGAAACCAGAAGAUCUUUACAUUUUUUUACAUUAGACUUUCAGGAUAUUGUUGUUUGUUGAGCCGUCGUGGGAUUUUUCUAAUAAAAUAGUAAAAUAUGUGCCAUGGCCCAAUAACGGUUGUUAAAACACUGUAUUAACAAACAGCUCUAGCUAUAAAAAGACUUUGCUGUCCCAGAGGGAACCCAAGGGCCAUAGACUAGAUUCCCUCCAGAAAACUUUGGAGACAAGCAGAAUAACAAACAAAAUCUCACUUUUCAGGGAAAUGUUGAAAUAACUUUGAAUUUAAGCAAAUAUUAAAAUAGAACAUUUAAUGAAACAGAAUAGAUCUGCAUGUGUUUCAUAGCAACAAAGGUGACACAGCUUUUUUGAAAACUCCCAAAGGCGUGUUCAAGGGUAUUUCAGCACAGUUUUGAGUUUAUUCUUGGAGGAGUAAUGAGUUGUUCUCUGUUUCUGAUUACUGACAUUUUCCGACCAUAUCUUUAGUCAGCCAAGAAAAAUUGAAACGCUAAUCCUGCAGACAUAAACCUGCUAUGUUUUGGCAAGGGCUGCCUUGAGAAAAAUUAGAAGCAGCAUUUCAAGAUAACAACUGGAGAAGUGGAAGGAAGAGGUAAAAGAAAAGGAGGCCAGAGUGAUUGAAGGAAUGUCUGUCAGACAGCAGGAGAGGUGGAGGUCGAAGAGAAGAAGGAUUUAA